AGCCUCUCUUACGACACCCCCGCUCACAGCCAGUCGCAGGAGACCCGGGGGACCGCGCUAAGGGUGGCGCAUCCAUGCGACAAGAGGCUAUGAGACCUCUUCUCCGAAUAUUAUGAUUUUAAAAAAGGAUAACUCGCGCGCUUCUAAUUUUUCCCACGUUCGCAUUACUUUUUCUUAUUCGCCGCUGCAAUGGUCGUGUGAUCCCGAAGAAAUUAACAUCAAAGGUCUGCGGACAUCAAGGAUCAAGGAGUAAUGUUUCAAAAAGAAAUCUAUAAAGAGCUUCAUUAGCAUAUGUCAAGAGGGCAUUUAGCUGGGGAAUGUAUUUAAACGGGAGUUCAAUUUGGACGCCUCAUUUCUUCACGGAGUAAAACCAAAAGAGCCUUCUGUGGAACUGGCUCUGCCGCUCGAGGAAACCCGGAGAAGAUCCAAGUCCGUGGGAAUAGUCCGUGGAAGAGGGGGAGCAAGCGAGCGAGCAUGUGCUAACGGACGCGGAUGUACACAUGCAGUAAGCGGCGAUCUGGUACUGCGCAAAGGUGUUUACUCCGGACAUCUUCGCUCCCAACUUUUGUAAUUUUGAAACGGCAGCGCGGACGGUUUGGAGAUGGCCUCCGUGGGCGAAGUGGGUACCUUUACACACGGCCUGGACAGCUUCGGACAGGGAUCGCAUUUUGUCCUGACGGCCGCUGGGGAGAGUCCAGUGUUGCUGGGAGACCACCUGGUCCCAGCGGAGCGACUGUCACGGAGUACCCCCGCGGAUUUAACGCAUUUAAAAGGGAUUCUGCGGAGGAGGCAGCUGUACUGUAGAACUGGGUUUCACCUUGAAAUACUACCAGAUGGUACAGUGCAAGGAACAAGAAAAGAUCAUAGUCGAUUUGGUAUACUGGAGUUCAUCAGUCUCGCAGUUGGAAUAGUGAGCAUCAGAGGAGUGGACAGUGGACUUUACCUCGGAAUGAAUGGUAAAGGAGAGCUCUAUGGCUCUGAAAAGCUGACUGCGGAGUGUGUCUUCAGGGAACAGUUUGAAGAGAACUGGUACAACACGUACUCUUCCAACCUCUACAAGCACGGGGACAGGGGGGCGCGCUAUUUCGUGGCUCUGAACAAGGACGGGACGUCGCGAGACGGGACGCGGUCCCGGCGCCACCAGAGGUUCACCCAUUUCCUCCCCCGGCCCGUGGACCCCGAGCGGGUACCGGAGCUGUACCGGGAGAUUCUGGGACCGAGCUGAUCCACAGGGAGUCUCCGUGCUCUGGUUUCCUUGGAAACAAAGAGGGGCAUACACGUGCACACACAGUAACUCCAAAGAACAUCAAAAAAAACAAAAACAGAAGGGGGCGGGGGGAGUGGGGGGGUUGAUGGUGGCAAAGGGUGUCAGUGUGGGUUGGGUCGAGCCGGGUUUGGGUUAGGUUGGGGGGGGUUGUGAUGAGAGGGGUGCAGUGUGCUUACUCUCGCUUUUUGAAGGCCAAUGCCUCUUCUGGAGCAAGGGAAGUGUUGAACAGCCAGGCGGAUACAUACAUAUAUAUUUUUUAAGGGCCAUUUGAUCAUAUGCCCAGCUGCAGAAAGUGGGCAUACAAGAUUGGCCUGUAAGCUGCUGAUGUCAUCUCACCCUCCCCCCCAAAAAAAAGAAGUCACCCAAUGGCACUUGACUGAGAUCCCUGAUAUGGGGCCAGAACCUGCGUCUCUGCUUCAGGGGACUGGAUGGAGAAACAGAAGAACCUGCUUUCUACUUGGUACAAUGAGGUCGGUGGUCCGCUUUGCCCGAAGGUCCCAGACGGUUUGUGGAGGAUUUCCGAUGACCAAUACCGGACAGUACCACGCAGAAGGCAAAAGAACCUGAAAAUAUUGGUUUGCAGAUGUUAUCAUUUUAAGAAAAAAGUUUUAUUUAUGCAUUGCUGGAGACAUAUAUUUAUUUUAUAUAUUUAUUUGGUCGAGAAUAUAUUUUUACAGGUAAAUAUGCAAUGUAAAGAAAACCUCGAGAGAUUUAUUUUGUGCCAAUAUUUACACGGAUGUCACAAGGGCAUAGAGAUCAACCUAUUUCUGUUAAGCUGACUGGAGAUAGUAUUUUCUUAUAUUGUUUUGAGAUGAUGUUUUAGGUUAAGCUGUCUUGUCACGACUGCGCACCAUGUCUGAAGCAAGCCUCGGCCCUCUGUGUUUUGUGUUUUGUUUUCGAGAGAAGAUUCCCAAGCCAAGUGGGGAAAUUAAACUUAUUUAAAGUCCCUGACUUUGGUUUUUUGUCUUCUUUUCUUGUGUGCACCAAUCAUUAAAGCCUUUUACCUUA